CUUUUUUUUUUUUUUUUUUCAUGGCAUCUGACAGCGAGGUGAAGACCCUGCUCAAUUUCGUGAAUUUGGCAUCAUGUGACAUCAAGGCUGCCCUGGACAAAUCGGCUCCGUGCAGGAGGUCGGUGGAUCACCGAAAAUAUCUGCAGAAGCAGUUAAAGCGCUUUUCUCAGAAAUAUUCCCGGUUGCCGCGGAGUCACUCGAGCAAAAGCGUGGAGGGCAGGAAAAGUUUGACGGACAGGCACGGUUCCGCCUCACACAACACAGGCUCGGGUGGAAAGGUUCCUGGAGCAUUUGAGGCCGGGGGGAACGUAAUUGGGGACAUGCGCCACCGAGAGGAGCAUAUGGAGGCUGAAAGGCCGGAGCAGGUGCCCAUGAGGAACAGACAGCUGCCUCCCUCGUUUUGGGAAGAACCGAGGCCGUCUUCCAGCCUCCUAGCCAUGGAGUGCCCCUCGACACUCGACAUCUUGUAUAAAGAAGAGGUCGAUGGCUCGUUUCCCCGAGAAGAGUGCAAGAGAAUUAAAAACGUGGUCAUCCACGAACGCUCCGGCGGCCUCCGCGCACGCGCUUUCGGGGAGAAAGACUCCGGGAAAGUUCCAUCUUUGGCUUCGUGCGCCGAGCGAGGGGAUUUUUGUGGCUGUUGCGCCUUUCAGUACCACGGACAAGCGAUGCACCCGCCGAACCACCAAACCCUCUCUCACCACCCCCUGACCGCCCUGGCUCUGUGGAGCAAAACGGCGGCGCCGGCCGUGGAGAUCCAGCACUUGUAUAAAGAGUCGGGGCAGAGGAUUUACCGGCACGUGGUCCUGAAACCCAUUCCUACGAAGCCGCCCGCCGUCCCCUCCCUGUUCAAUGUGUUUGGAUACAUAUAACCGCGGCCCAGGCCACGUACGACGUCUUUACGGGUUUCGGGGUCCUUUGGUGACUUUUUUAACCACACGCUUUACUAGAUAAGAGACCUGCGUGGCCCUCAUCUACUAAACGGCUCUGAACGUCACAUUCUAUUUAAAGAACUUUCCCACCCAACUGGAUACUUUAUCACCGUGCUAUUAUUAUCGCAUUGAUUAACUAUUUCAGCUCCCAUCUAUCAAAGGGUUAA